AAAUCAAUAGAGUUUUUCUGAAUUAACAGCGCGAUUUGCCAAGUAACGAAACGAUGCCCUGUUUGAAAAAUAUGUCGAUGAAAAUACAACGAAAAUACGUGGAAGAAAACGCCGAUAUCGCGAUCUUCUUCGAGUACGUAUCUGCAAGCGCACUUGCGUACCAGAAGCAGAUUAAACGUUAUCAUCCGCUUAGCGAUACGGACUAUGGAUGACAUCGAAACGACGUUAACGUCGCAGUAUUAUAUGUAGUUUAAAUAUAAAUGAGUCGACUUAUCCGUGGCAGCAGAGAAUCCACGCUGUUCCGAAGCGUCUCGAUAAAAUCGGCGUGGGCAGCUCGUCCGGCGACAACCGUGUGCUUACUCUCGUAGCUUUUACUAGUAACGUGUCUCGCAAUUUUUCACGCGACGAUCGACGAAGACUCGAAGUUGUAAUUUGUUCAACAACGAUGGAAUUUCGCACGAAGAUCGCAUAAGGAAAGCGCGAUAAACGGCAUUUCUCAAUUUUCGUUCUUCGCGCCUCUGUUUCUUACGGCAGGCGAUGUUUAAAUUUAGAAUUGCGCCAGCCGGUGCAAAAUACGAAGAUUAGCCGUACGAAUCUUUUUAUUCGCCAUUUAUUCUCUUGCAUUCUUGUCAAGGUAAAAAAGGAAGCUAACCGAAUACGAAAUACGAUGUUGCAACAAUUACCAAAGACUCUUGUUGUAUCGGUGUGACGUUAUCAAAAUAAGAAGCUUAUUAUUAUAUGGACAUUUUGUAGGAGAAGAGGUCUGUUGGACCGUUCGUGGAGAGACGCGAUCGCGAGGAAGCGCGCCAACGGGAGUCGCAAAUUACGAUUACAUAAUCGAUGCCACGAAAUGAUCGGUCCCUUAUUUUGUUUAGGAUAAUAGAGGUGAUUGAACCGAUUAUAACACUGGAGCAACAGAUCACGAUAUACAUCUUAUUCUAACAACUUUGUAAACAUAGAUAGUUACACUCGGUAGGUGUAGAUACAAGUUAAAUAGAUGUCUGAUCUAAGGCUGACAAAGCAAUCAAGAUAUUGACUGGCCAACGUAUGGAAAACUAGUCAAAGGAUGUUGACUGAUCUAAAGAUGACGAAUCAGUGAAGUUCGGUGACAAUGCUAUCGCAGAGGAAAAUUACUGCCGGGUGUUGGUCGCUCUACCACUGGUCGCUUACGUAUGGAAAUGACCGUUGAAUAUGGAAAAAUCCUACCUUCCCAGUUUUUAUUUGAUGGAGCAAUGAUCGUAAGGAACGUGCCGAUCGAGGGAUGGAUUUUAGUUUACGUGAGGAGUCACCGGGCGUAACAAGGUCCGAGCGUUGAAAACGAAGGGAAACCGAGUGUUUACGAGCACAGGAAAAGGCGAUAGCGUGCUGGAACACGAUAGAUUACACAUCGGGAGGCAAGAGACGUCGUGUGUCGACCCCUUGAGCCACCGAGAUCGAGCUACUCGCUUUCUUUCGUUUGUCAGUUUACCAGCCAAGCUAAAUCCAAUCGCCGGUGGGACCAUCAGCCGUGCUUUCGUCGAUCUGCAACGAGAUACACAACCGUGAAGAGGAGAUGAACUUACGGAAGCCGAGGAGAGACUCGGACAUUCUUCUGUCCAAUAUCGCCCACAAAGAGCUGCUCUUCAAGUUCCUCGUAAUCGGUGACUAUGGUGUCGGAAAGACGGCAUUGGUUAGAAGAUACACAGAAGGAAGGUUUACGUCCAAUUAUAAGAUUACCAUAGGCGCCGAUUUCGCAAUAAAGGCAGUCGACUGGGACCGGUUUACUAAAAUUAACUUACAAUUAUGGGAUGUCGCUGGCCACGAAAGGUUCGGAUACAUGACCAGAGUUUAUUACAAAUAUGCAGUAGCUGCGGCCUUGGUGUUCGAUAUUUCGCGGAUAGCCACGUUUCAGUCGAUCAAAAAAUGGUUGAGCGACCUACGGGAAAAAGUCACGUUCCCAGAUGGUUCGGAGAUACCGGUCGUCCUCUUGGCGAACAAAUGUGAUAUUCCUUGCCCGGUGGUACCCAGCGAACAAAUUGCCAAGUUCUGCAAAGAGAACAACAUCGGUGCCUGGUAUGUAACGUCUGCCAAAGAAAAUACGAAUAUCGACGUGGCGAUGCGUUAUCUCGUGGAGAACGUGCUGAAGACCAAAAUCGACGUUGAUAUUCGUGAUUCCGUACGAUUGCGAGAUAAUUCUAAGAUUCGAAAAAGGAGCGAAUGUUGCAAAUUAUAAUCGAGCAAUUAUAAAUAGUUUGCGCGUUGAUCGCACCACGAUGAUGCACGUUCGAGAGACUCGACUUUUCUGUACGAUUUUAAUUUAUCAGCCAUGCGUAUACUUUAAUACGUUUAUAACGAUUAAUCGUAAUCCGUAGGUGCAUGUCAGUGGACGUUGACAUGUUACGGAUACUCGUAAUAAUCUGAAAGUAUCAAAAUGCUGCAACGAAAUUAAACAUAUUUGUUUGAAAAUACACGUACGAUGAAUUUCUAGGGCGACGGAGUUUUUAUCUCGGCUAAUAAUUAACAAGUAAAGAUAAUCCCGAAGAGAUUACCAAUUUUUUACACGUCGGAUAAUAGUCUUAUUUGCAUUCUUUAUAUGUCGGAUAAUAGUCUUAUUUGCAUUUGUUACAUGCCGAAUAAUAGUCUUAUGCACAACGAUGUGAACGUUCGCAGACAUGUAUCGCGGAGAGAAAUUACGAAUAUUUAUUUUAGAAUGCAGAAUAGAUUUUUAAGGCAGUAGGAUCUUUGUUUCCUUUAACGUAACUAUCGAGCGGAUAAUUCUAUGCAGCUCAGCUUUUUAUAUUUCUUCGUAUUUAACGUUACAUCUAUCGUUAUAAGAUAAUAAUUGCGUAUUUUAUCCAAAUUUAAAACAAACAGUUUUAUUUAAGCGUUUCUAUGUACGAGAUCAAGGAGUAAAAACAACGAGGAAUCGUUUAAAUCGAUAGAUUUAUUUAAUUUGUACUUUGAUAACUCUUUAACAUUAUUUGCGUUCGUAAAUCAAUCAGGAGAAAUAUUAUAAAUAAAUAUGAAGCGAACUCGUAACAUCGCGAAUUACGAAUGUCUUUAAAAUUCGCUAUUACAUUCUCAUUGUAUUUUUACAUCGUGGUAACAAGAAUUAACACGUAACAUCUAUGUACAAACGUAUUCACGUGUUACCUUUGGUAAAUAUUCGACACUCGUUCCAGUGUGCUACAAAAUUAAAUAUACUUGGUAUUCGUUGCCAAGUUUUACAAUAUGCAAUUUGUCGGUCGACAAAUAACGUAUCAUUUAUUAUACGAUAUCGGCCACGUUUUGCUUUAAACUAAUCUAAAUAAAUCUAACAACAGCA